UGUGUGGUUGUGUGAGACUUCUUCCUGUGUGAGUGUGUGUGUGCGCCUGCCUGUGUGUGUGUGUGCGUGCGUGCGUGCGUGUGUGCGUGCGUGGUAGAGAGGCAGAGGGUGUGUGUGUGGGGAUAGGGUCCUCUGCAAGCCGGUGCUGUGGCCCCUGCUCCCCCCCAUCUUCAAAGCUGGCGAUGUCCAGGGUUCCGAGUCCGCCACCGCCGGCUGAGAUGUCCAGCGGCCCUGUGGCCGAAAGCUGGUGUUACACUCAGAUCAAAGUGGUGAAGUUCUCCUACAUGUGGACCAUCAACAACUUCAGCUUCUGUCGAGAGGAGAUGGGCGAGGUCAUCAAAAGCUCCACCUUUUCCUCAGGAGCCAAUGACAAACUGAAAUGGUGUUUGCGAGUGAACCCCAAAGGCCUGGACGAGGAGAGCAAAGACUAUCUGUCACUGUACCUGCUCCUGGUCAGCUGUCCCAAGAGUGAGGUCCGCGCCAAGUUCAAGUUCUCCAUCCUCAACGCCAAGGGAGAGGAGACCAAAGCCAUGGAGAGCCAGAGGGCUUACCGCUUCGUGCAGAACAGGACUGGGAGCUUCAAAGAAGUUUACUCAAAAGCGGGACUUCCUGCUGGGCAGAAUAUGGAUUGCUCCCCAGAUGACAAAGCUCCCUGUUGUUUUGUGAGGUAA